CCAUGGUCUACUGGCAGGUAGGCGGCGGCGUGGUAUCUCAAGGUGGAAGAUCUGCGAGUAUCGCGUUUUUGGUUGCGUUUCCGAUUUCCACGGAGAUCUCUAGGUACACUUUCGCUUAUGCGGUGAGCUCGCAUUCCGUGACAGUGCGAGAGGUCCAGACGAAGAGAUUGUACGGCGUGUUUGUGACGUGGCUCGCACGCAGAACCGGCACCUUGCCUAUGGAUUUUGUAAUUGGACCGAUUUUCAUGGGCACGAUUCUCUUCAAUACGAUCGGCUUCGUGUUCACCGAGAACGAGGCUCAUACAGCGGUUUUCUGUUUUCGCAAGUACUUGGAAUUGAUCGGGAUUCUGACACUGAACAUGUUCGCCGGGCAGAGUUUUGGUAGCUUCUUAGGUUCUUGCAAACCCGACAAUCGCUUGGCUGGGUUCAUGAUGACUCUUUUAGUUUUUCCUUUAUCAACCUGGACUCCGAGUAUCACAAUGGGACUGGAGCUGCCGUGGAUCCUCAGUUAAGGCAACCAAGAGAGCAUCCUCAAGAAUGAACGCCAUCCUUGGCAUCUUUUUCAAGCGGAAAAAGGGUCCCGGGAUGGUCUCAGGGAUGCGUCCCGGUAGCUCUAACUUAGGCCUGUGCAGUACGUCUCGGUCUUCCACUGGGGCAGCAGCUUACUCCUUCUAUGGGCCUGGCGAGGGGUCGAACUCAUCAACUACAACCCGACAGCAGUGAAUAUGGAACGCUUUCCGCAAAACUGCUACUACGAGAGAAGAGAAGUAGCCGGAGCACCAACUUCAACGAGUGGAACUGUGAGGGGACGAACUGCAUCUUCUGAACCUGUUGGUGGAUCUUCCAGUGGAG